AUGCAGCCGCUCACUUCUGCAAUGACAACAAUAAGAAGAUCGUUACUGGCUGCCCUCAAGUCGUUGCUCAGGGGCAAGUCUUUCCUGCAGGCGCUGUUUGCGUUUUGGAUCAGCCCCAAGACGAUACAAGAACACAACCAUGCCAAUGGCAAGAUGAUUGAACCACCGAGAAGCAUCGACGAGUUCUUGCGGGAGGCGGAGGAGCGGCUGCUAGGCCCCACAGAAGGGGACAGGCUCAGGCAGUUCUCAUCAGAUCUGAAGGCCCAGUUCCGGGAGCGGUUGCACACACAUGCCGAGUGUAUGCUGCCAUCCUUCAACCACCUCCUGCCCACGGGCCAGGAGAAGGGCCAAUAUCUCGCCCUUGACGUCGGCGGCUCGACGCUCCGGGUCGCAUUGGUGGAGUUAAGGGGCCGGGAGGCCAGUGGACGGGAGAGCGAGAUCGUCCGCAUGAUCAGCUUCAAGAUUACGCCCGAGAUCAAGAAACUCGAGGGCAUGGGCUUCUUCGACUGGAUGGCGGCGCGGAUCCACGAGGUCAUUCACAAAGACGUCUCGCAAACCCAGCAAGACGUCCCUAUACCAAUGGGCUUAGCGUGGAGCUUUCCGGUGGAACAAGUAUCACUAGGCGGUGGGCUCCUGCUGGGCAUGGGCAAGGGCUUCCUGGCCACCAACGGCCUGCUGGGCCAAGACCUAGGCGAGAUCAUCAAGUUCGCGUGCGAACAGCGCAACCUUAACGUGCAGCUGGCGGCCAUCAUAAACGACAGCUCGGCCACCCUCCUAUCACAGGCCUACAUCCACGCCGAGACGCGGUUCGGGCUGAUACUGGGCACUGGCACUAACAUUGCCGUGCACUUGCCGGUGUCGGCGCUCGGGCGUCCCAAGUACGGACAACGGCCCGAGUCCUGGUUCCGGUCCGCGAGCCACGUCAUCGUCAACACGGAGCUGGGCAUGUUCGGUCGGGACAUCCUGCCCCUGACGCGGUGGGACGAGCUCUUGAAAGCGACCCACCCGCGCCCCGAGUUCCAGCCCCUCGAGCACCUGCUCAGCGGCUUCUACCUGGGCGAGAUUUGCCGGCUGGCCUUAGUCGAGGCGGUCGAGACAACGGGGCUAUUGGGCGGCGAGCUGCCGCCGUCGUUGGCGGCGCCGUACUCGCUCGAUACAGAGCUCCUCUCGAGGAUCGAGGCCGACACCACACCCACCCCCACAAGCGCCAUCUCGGCCUUCACAUCCGCGCACCCCUCCCCAUCGCCCUCUUCCACAUCCCCCUCCACCACCCCAUACACCCCCACCCCCAACGACCUAUCCGCCAUCCGCACCCUCGCCGUGUAUAUAACCCGCCGCAGUGCCGCCAUCCUCGCGGCCUCGGUCUUCGCGCUCUGGGAGCUGCGCCACGAGACCGAGGCCGAGUACCUGGCCGCCACGCCCGCGGUCAACGGCAACGUCCCGCUCCUCGACUCGACGCGCGCCGAGCACGCCCUGCCGGCCACCAAGGUCGCCUUCAACGGGUCUGUCAUCGAGCACUACCCGGGCUACCGGGCGCGGUGCCAGGGCUACAUUGACGGGCUGGUGGCUGGCAGUGUGGUGGAUGGCGUGGGCGGUGGCAGAGGUUCCGUGGAGCUGGUGCCGGCGCUGGAGAGCUCGAUUUUGGGCGCGGCGGUGGCAUUGGGGUGUGCGGUUGCGCAGGAGGGGUAUAGGUAUGUGUGA